AUGUCACCGCCUCAGCUCCGGAAGGUCCGUAAAGGGACACGCAGCUGCUGGGAAUGUAAACGCCGAAAAAUUAGAUGCACAUUCCCUUCUGGUAACACAAGCAUCUGCAAUUGGUGCAUCUCUCACGGUUCUACGUGCAUUAGUCAACGGUUCCAAGAUGAGACGGGCGAUGCAUCGCGCGCCCAGAGCAUGGAGAGCAGGAUGAUGCGUGUUGAGAACUUACUGGAGCAAGUCCUUGAAAAGUUGGACUCUGUUAGCCGGCAGAGUCAUAAUGAAGAGUCACCAGGACGCCCGACAACAGUUGAUGACGGUACUGGAAUUGAUGUUGUUAAUACGACAUCCAAUAUUUCGGCUCCCUCAUCGAGCUCUGCCGUGGUUUCAGUCUUCCAGAGUGCAUCUUUUAUGUCAGAGAUUGGUGGAAAGGAGGCGUCUUCGACAGAUGCUUCGACCGCAGCUCUGGAUACUAGCCCAUCAACAAUAGACAACGACACGAGAAUGUGGCCGAAACUGAAGAGAGUCUCCCGCCUACUGUUGGAGAUGAUGCCGUCUCGUGCCGCCAUCGAAUUUCUGGAUAGUCAAAGCUCGCCUUGGAUCUGCCAACUUCUUCGCCCUCUUCCAUCUCUCAAGCAAUCGAACAAAUUUUCGCUGCUCAAAACGAUGCCACUAGAAUCAUCAACCCUUAGCCACCCUACGGCCAUAGCGAGAGCUUUGAUGUGCAUUGUGAUGUGCCUACAGCAGCUGCCUCAGCAUGUUGACAUCACGCAACUCCGACUGCCGUCGCCUCGGAAUGAAUAUAUGGAAUCUCUGGCUUCGAUUAUAAUCUCUUGGGUUACCUCCGAUGACGAAAUUAUCGCCACGUCUGGGGGACUUGAAUGCCUUUUACUUCUUUCCAUCUACUUUGUUAACUCGGGUAGACCUCGUCGAUCAUGGCUCAACAAUCGAAGAGCAUUGGCAAUCGCACAAUUAAUGAAUCUCCACAGGAGUUAUGGCCAAGAUAUUAAAGAUAACAACGAUAGCGAAGAGGCCAAUAUGGCAGAGCUGUGGCCUCACAUCAUCCACUACGACCGACAUCUCUCCCAGAUUCUUGGAUUUCCGUGUGGAGUAGUGGACACAAAUGAACCUCUGGCUCCAAGUAAUCUCAAACUCAUGCAACAUUUGGAUCAACACAAACUGGAUGCCCUCUAUCUUGCACAGCUCGACCGUAUCGCCGCACUGUUAAUCGAAAGAGAACAGGGCUCUUCUAGACUAGCGAUGUCUUUGACGCAGUCCAUUGACAAUGCGCUUCUGAAUCUGGCCACGUCUGUACCGCAAUCAUGGUGGCAUCCCUUUGACAGACUCUCAGAAACACAGCCAGAAGAAAUGGAGAUACUCUAUGCUCGAUACAACAUUCAAUUGUGGCACCACCAGCUCGAAAUGUCCAAUCAUUUGCCGUUUAUGCUGGACGCAGCAGAGGAACGACAGACUGAAUACGGCAGGAUUGCGUGUCUCAAAGCCGCGCGACAGCUCAUUAAAGUCUACCUCCCGCUACGAACGACGUUUGGCAUGUUCUCGUGCUGCAUGACUAAUUUCCAAGCAUUCACCGCCGCCGUGAUUCUCAUCUUCAACAUGUUUCUACGGUCGCAGACUGUGGAGAUAGAGGCUUUAUCUGGCCGUACAGAGAGAGACUGGGGUUUGGUCGCCGAUGUCAUCGGGGUUCUGGAUGCAGCAGUCGAACAGUUUGACGACAGAGUCGCUCUGCAGGCGCGCGACGUUUUGAAGCUCCUCCAAGCAAUUGAAAAGGACCCAAAGACACUACAAGGCGACAAGUUUCACUUCACGAUACCUUACUUUGGAAUUAUUUCCAUUGCGCGAAAGAGCUAUACUGGGGACAAGGGCGACGGCCAACAAAUGGCCAGCAGAGAUGGUGAGAACGCCGACCAAUUUGUGUCUCAAGGGACGGCGUUCCACCUGGACUAUUCGCCGACCUUUAUGACGACGAUUGACUUUAUGGGGCCGAGCACGACGGCUGAUGUCGACGAACUGAUGCAACAGUGGCUGGUGGAAGACAUGUAA